AAUAGAUCUACACACAGAAUGGCCAAAACCUUCCUACCAGCUCUACUGCUCUAUGGAUUGAGUUUGGUCUCUGUGUUGGUUUCUCAGUGUCAGACUAUGGUGGUCCGUAUUGGGGAUACCAUCACCUUGCAGUGCUCCAAUGUUACAACGGCUGUGGGACACACAGCAUGGUUCAAGCAAGUCAACGGAUCAGAGCCUGUGUGCAUCUCGUCUAUGUACGGCUUUAACUCAACACCUUAUCUCCACAAUAGUUUUCGAAGGAGCCAUUUUGAAAUGUUCAGCAACAACACCACUGUCUUUCUCACAAUCACAAAUGUGGAAAUAGCUGACUGUGGUCUGUAUUUCUGUGGAUUGUAUCCACAUAGCCACAUGUUCUUUGUCAACGCAACUGUUCUAAAAAUUCAAGGGCACAACGGAGGUGAGGAAAUACUAGAGUCAUCGACAAAAAGCACAGCCGAAGCAAAACCAAAACACUGUGAUGGAACUAUCAGUUUAGUUGGAGAGGAUGAUGAUGGAACGACGUACCUCCCUUCCCUGGUUGUGAUCCUGGGUGUUGUGACUGCUGUUCUACUGAUAGUCAUCCUCAUCCUGGUCCUCAAGAUCAGACGAGACACAAAAACACACAACACAGGUAUCGAGGCUCAACUGCAGCUACAAAAUAGCCAGGAUCCGGAUCAGGACCCAGAGUCUCUGAACUACUCAGCACUGAGUUUCCGUCAGAAGAGGUCCAGAAAUAAGAAGAGAGCUGAAGGUCAAAUGAUGGAGAUGGAGUCAAAUGUUGUUUAUGCUGCCACAAGAUAAUUGUCAAAUGUUUUAAUGUUGAUAUCAGUGUACUGUAGCACUGAUAAAGAACUGAUGUAAUACAUUGAAUAGUAGUAGUCAUAAAUCCCCUUGUGACAGCCAUCGUGAUUGAGUGCUGAGGUAGAGGGGCCAGUGAGGAACGCAUCACUUCCUGUGUUGUGAGUGACAGGAAGGAGCAGCUCAGUGUUGAGUGAGACCUGCUGAGGUGAACAUCACUGGGCAUAUCAUAGUCUUGACAGAAAGAUAGUGUAAUAUUAUUAUAAUAUUUUUUUUUACUAAUAACCAAUAUUUUACUACUUUUUGAUAUUAAAGAUGGGCCCUGGGCGUGUAUCUCUAAUUCUGUGUAAUAAGAUUUAGGAUGCAAACCGCAACAAAAUGAGGGGCACUAGUUUGUAUAAUAUAUUUGAAUGUGUAUGAUAAUGGUAACACUGAUAGGCCUUGUUAUUUUCCACUGAGGUAAAGUCCUCUCUCUCUCUCUCUCUCUGAUGAAGACGAGCAACCUGCACCACAGGAAGACUGGCCUGGAGCUCUCUCUGUUUGUAUCUCUGUCUCUCUCUCUCUCUCUCUCUCUCUCUCUGUUUCUCUCUCUGUCUCUGCAUCUAACCACACAAUCUCUUAUCAGCAUUCAGGCCCCACAUCAAUUUCCAUUCCUACCGCUAGACUGAAAAUACCUGACCAAAACCAAACUAAUCCAGGCUCUAGACUAGAGAGUUGUGCACAAUGUGUGAAGUGUACAAUGACAAACACUAUUAUACUUCAAAACAUUAUCUGCUGUUGUUAUCGUAAUUGUAUGGUUGAAUUUAUUUGAAUGCAUGAUGUACAAUGAUAUGAGUGGACAUCUGGGGUUUGGGACACCUGUACACCGCCACUGCCAAAAAAUACAAAUCUGCUGUUUAGUAAAAUAGCCCACUAAAUGCAUGGUUAUGUUCUAACAGUCCAUAACAUGUUAGUUUUUUUCAACUUCUUGAACACUUUUUUGCACUUGUAGGCAUACUUCAAUCAUAGUGCAUACAUGAUGUGUUUGCAUGCAUAGGGAACGCAUCCAUAAACAAUAGGCCUACUGCACUAAUGUUGUGUGCCGAGGCAGUUAUCAAUGCUCUCAGCCUGGUCUCAUACACUAGACGUAACGUAGUAAAUGUAAAUCAGGGAAGUUCUAAUUAGUAUGAUAUGUUACGUUUGGUAUGGUUACAUAAGACAGAAGGUUGCUUAAGGCAAAAAAAAGUAGCGUCGUUGGUCGGGAGGGAUGAUUAUCCAUUUAAUGUGAACCUCUAGCAACCCUUUUCCUUUCUAUUGAAUACUCUAUUGUCCGGUUGAAAUAUUAUCGAUUAUUUAGACAAUUGACAAC